GCGGGGCGGGACGCGGCGGCCGAGCCCGGCGAGACAGCGGCGGAAAGUGCCACGACUCCACACGGCCGCGGCGGCGAGGAGGGACCGCGACCCGGCACGGGCACAGAAGAGCGAGGCAGGAUGGAUGUGUACGACCCUCAGACGCUGGGUGUUAUGGUCUUUGGAGGCUUCAUGGUGAUCUCAGCCAUCGGGAUCUUCCUGGUGUCCACCUUCUCCAUGAAGGAGACAUCUUACGAGGAAGCCUUGGCCAAGCAACGCAAGGAGCUUGAGAAGAGCCAGCAGCAGAAAUUAGAGAAAAAGAAGAAAGAGAAACUGGUUGAGAAAAAGGGAAAAGCGAAGAAAAAGGAAGAGAAACCGAAUGGAAAGAUCCCAGAGCAGCAGCUUGCUCCGGAAGUGACAGACCCUCCCAAGGAGGUGCUUCCUGAGCCUGCUGUGGUGCCCGAGCCUGUAACAGUCGAGACUCUGAUUGCAGCGGUGGCAGUUGUUCCCCAGGAGAAGGAGAAACCCGUCCCAUCACCUAAGGAGAAGAGGAGGAAGGAGAAGAAGGUGGCAAAGGUGGAGCCUGCUCCUAGCCCGGUGCUGGCUCCGCCCCCUGUCAGCGUCCCCAAAAGUUCUCCCGUGCGGGAGGUGGCCCCCAAGGAGGUGCCUGUUGUGGCAGUGCCCCCAGUUGGCACCCAGCAAAGUGCUCCUGUCAUCAGCUCUGUCACUGUCAAGAAAAGCGAGGCUCUCCCAGCCCAGGAGGACCAGAAGCAUGAUGGACCUGCCAAGAAGAAGGCUGCAUCCAAGAAGAAGAGCGAGCCAGCAUCUACAGAUUCGGAUGGGGCCCUGUACCUGCCCUACAAGACUCUGGUGUCCACAGUCAGCAGCAUGGUGUUCAGUGAGGGGGAGGCCCAGCAGCUCAUCGAGAUCCUGACGGAGAAAGCAGGAAUCAUCCAGGACACCUGGCACACGGCCACGCAGAAGGGUGACCCUGUAGCUGUCCUGAAACGGCAGCUGGAGGAGAAGGAGAAGCAGCUCUCUGCUGAGCAGGAGGAUGCAGCUGCUGCCAGGAACAAACUGCGGGAGCUGAGCAAGGAGCUGGCAGCCGAGCGGGCCAAGGCGGGGGCCGUGGAGGGCAGGCUGAAGGAGCAGCUGCUGGCCCGAGAGCGGGAGAUCGUGGCCGUGCAGGCACGGAUGCAGGCCAGCUACCAGGACCAUGUCAGCGAGACCCAGCAGCUCCAGGGCAAGAUCCGGACCCUGCAGGAACAGCUGGAGAACGGCCCCAACACGCAGCUGGCUCGCCUGCAGCAGGAGAACUCCAUCCUGAGGGAUGCCCUCAACCAGGCCACCAGCCAGAUGGAAAGCAAGCAAAAUGCUGAGCUGGCCAAGUUGAGGCAGGAGUGCAGCAAGCUGAUGAAAGAGCUGUCUGAGAAGUCAGAGGUGCUGCAGCAAGAGGAGCAGCAGAGGAAGAGCUGGGAGAUCAAAGCGACGGCCUCGGAGAAGCGAAUCGAGCAGCUGCAGGCUUACCAACGGGAGGCAGAAGUGAUGCUGCAGAAGAGGCUGGACGAGGUCAGCGACGAGCUCCGCAAAACGCAGAGCAGCUACAAGAGCCUGUUGGCAGAUGCAGAAAAGACCAAAGGGCAGCAGCAGAGCAUCGCUGAGCUGCAGGCCAAGCUGCUGAGCUCCGAGGCAGAGGUUAAAAGUAAGCUGCUGGAGUUGGACAGUGUGAAAGGCAAGCUGCAGGAUGCCAGCUCAGAGAAUGCAAAGCUUCUGGAGAGGAUCAAGUCCAUUGAAGCUCUGCUGGAGGCAGGCCAGAUGCGGGAGGCAGAAAAAGACAGAGACCUGCAGGCAGCCAAUGAAGCAGAAAUGAAGCAGCUGCAGUCCAGACUCCAGGAGAAGACAAACCAGCUCUCAGCCUUGGAAAGGGAAGCCACACAGCUGCGGGAGGCAGUGGAGCAACAGAAGGUGAAAAACAACGACCUUCGGGAAAAGAACUGGAAGGCAAUGGAAGCGCUGACCACGGUGGAGAAGGCGUGUGAGGAAAAACUGCUUGCUGCUACCAAAGCAAAGGAGGAGCUGGCCCAACAGCUCGACACACUCCAGACGCGAACCAAGCAGACGCUGCUCUCCGCCCUCCCAGGAGUCACUGUGUCCUCACAGCAGGACUAUGACAUGUGGCUACAGGAGUUUAAGGAGAAGACCGUGGGUGUGCUAAAGCAGCAGAUGAUCACGACAGAGCCACCAGAUUCAGCUCUUAAAUUAAAAGAGGCAGAAGAAGCACAAAGCACUUUACAGGCAGAGUGUGAGCAGUACAGAACGAUCCUUGCAGAGACUGAGGGGAUGCUGCGAAACCUGCAGAAGAGCGUGGAGGAGGAGGAGCAGGUGUGGAAGGCAAAGCUCACAGCCUCUGAAGAGGAGCUCCAAAAGUCACACCUGCAGCUGAAAUCCCUGGAAGGUGUGGUGGAGAAGUUGAAAGCAGAUCUGCAGAGCACAGAUCAGUUAAAGGAAUACACCUCUCUUCUGGAAACACAACUGGAAAAUCACUUGGAGACAGCCAGCUCCGAGCGCCAGAACUACACAAAAGAAGUUGAAGCUUUGAGGCUGCUCUUGUCAGAGUCCCAGGAGCAGCUGGAGGCAGCAAAGACUGAAACACAGAAGCAGAGCAAGGAGCUGGCCCUGGCCCAGAGCUUGGCACGCAGCUUGCAAGCAGAGCUGGAAAAGCUGAGGCUGGCUGAACAUGCAGCAGCUUCAGACAAGGAGGAGGCCCAGCAUCUCAAGGGGCAAGAGGACAGUUCAAAGGAAGGGACUUCAGUUUGAUGAGUCUUCACCCUGGACCUUACAGUUAACUUACCAAAAUGCCUUACACAUUCCUAAAAAUAAAAAUUUAUGCUAAAUUUACUGUAGAUAAAAGAUACAAGCCAUUAGUGACCCAAAACCUAGUUUUGAAACUUACAAGAAAACAUAAAAAAAAAUCCAAAAAACCAACCAGUAAACACUGCAGUUUGUAAGAAAAUCUUCAUACUGUUUUGUACAACUCUUCAUUUCCUGGGGAGCUGCUGUGGCCACUGCUGGGGUUUCACCCUCCUGUUCCAGCAGAACCCAGCAGUGUGUGAAAAGGGAAGAGACUGUGCUUGUACAUCAACCAGUGCAAUUAUAAUUAUAUAUUUUUUUCCUUUUUUUUUUCUUUUAUUUUCUUUUAUUUUUUUUGUUUUGAGUGAAAGGAGUGUGAAAGUAAGACCCACCAUGGAAGGAUGCCCUCUUGGCUGGGUGGCUCUUGGCACGUGUAUUUCUGGGUGUCGAUGCGAUUAAAACGACGUAGUGAAGAGAGCUUGUCCUUGCUUUAUU